CUUUUUUCUGUUGAGCCCACUCCAUUAACCUCCACCAUUCGGCCGUCCCUCACAACCGCAGUCCUCCCCCCUCGCCCCCGUCCCCACUCAUCCUCUAACUCCUCUUCCCCAUCUCCCCCUCUCCACCAUCACCACUUCCCUCAGUCCCACUUCCACGAACAGCUAUCUUCGCCUCCUGCUUUCUCUUCUGCCCCAGCCGUGGGCAUGGCAGCGGCUGCUACUGCAUCCACCUCUUCUGCAUCGCCUCCACUACAGACAGCCUCGGCGUCCAACAGCAGUGCCCACGAGCACCUGCUGGUGGUGCGCCGCCGUGCUCCACACAGUCGGCCGUACACAGUGGGACUGGACAACCUCAGCAGUUUGUCGGUACAGAUAACAGCGGGAUCCUCAGCUUCGUCGUCCUCUGUUGUGCCAUCCGGGACCCAGCUGGAAUCAGCCGGGCUGGGACUGCAGAGGGCCAAUAGUGACACAGAUCUUGUGACCUCUGAAAGCCGCUCAUCACUUACGGCAUCCACAUACCAACUGACUCUUGGCCAAGGCCACCUGGUGAUCUCAUGGGACAUAAAGGAGGAAGUGGAUGCCACUGAUUGGAUCGGCCUUUAUCACAUCGAUGAGACAUGUGUGGCCAAUGUCUGGGAGUCCAAGAACCGUGGAGUAAAUGGUACUCAAAAAGGACAGGUUUUGUGGAGACUGGAGCCUGAACCCUACUUCAUGGAGGCUGAGACAAAGAUCUGUUUCAAAUAUUAUCAUGGAAUAAGUGGAGCAUUAAGAGCAACAACUCCUUGCAUCACUGUGAAGAACCCAGGAGUUCCAGUGAGAAGUGAAGGCCAAGUGGAAGAGCAGUCGGGAAGUGAACAUUGUCGAAAACUUGUCAGCUUCACCCUGUCAGAUAUUCAGGCAGUGGGGUUGAAGAAGGGGAUGUUUUUUAACCCUGACCCAUACUUGAAGAUGUCCAUCCUGCCUGGGAAGAGGAGCGGCCUCCCCAAAUUCACUCAUCAUGGCCAGGAGAGGCGCUCCACCAUUAUAGCCAAUACCAUCAACCCUGUGUGGCAUGGGGAGAAGUACACCUUUGUGGCUCUCAUGAGUGAUGUGUUGGAGAUUGAAGUGAAGGAUAAGUUUGCCAAGAGCCGACCAAUUAUCAAGCGCUUUCUGGGUCAUCUGAUCAUCCCCGUGCAGAGACUUCUUGAGGGGCCAACAACAGUUGAGUGAGUUCACACCCAGACACAAAACUGUGCUGUACAACUGAAAUGUCAAAAACAGGGGUUUUCAACCUUGAUCCUUAAGGCACACACUGAGUGUUUUACAUGUGUCGCUGC